AUGUCCAGAGGCGGCGGACGCGGCGGCGGUCGCGGUGGCCGUGGAGGAGGUCGCGGCGGCCGACCCAACGUGCCGUGGGACACGGGCGACGAGCCCGAUGCGCGGCCCUCCGAACUAUUCCCGAGCGCUCUUGCGAACUCUGCGCCUUGCGCGGCAAUCUCCUGCGCUUCCCCCAAUGCUAACUCUCGCUGCCCUCUCGCCAAGCCCUACACAGUCCCCGUGCCCCGAAGCCUGACGACGGCCGAGUCCGACAGCGUGCACUACAUGCUCCUCCUGCGCCGGCAGGUGCACUCCUCGCCGCUCUACACAUCCAAGCGCACCUCGCUGACGGACCCGACGGCGCCGCGCAAGAUCUACGGGCAGGCGCAGAAGAACGCCGUCUACGGCGUCAAGAACAAGGCCUCGCAGGACCCCUUCACGUCCAUGCCCAUUUACUCGCAGAAAUUCGUCCGCGAGGAGCGCGCGCUGCCCGACUGGUCCGCGCGGCCCGUCUGCCGCGAGCUGUUUCCGCACGAGCUCCUCGAGACGAUUGACGGCGGCGGCGCCAGCGGCGGCGGCGGGGUGGACGCCGCCCCGCGCAAGAAGCGCCGCCUCGAGCUCUCCCGCGUCAGCGCCCUGCCCAACGCCGAAGAAGCCUUCAAUAUGCCCUCGCUGGCCGCGGACGGCGACGCCGAGCACGGCCAGACGCUGCUGGACAAGCUCGAGGCGCUGCGCGACGAGGAGGGCGACGAGGCAGAGGGUGACGAUGAGGAGGCGCCGGAGGAGGAGGAGGAGGAUGAGAUUUAUGAUGAUGAGGAUGCGGGCGAUUAUGACGCCGAGCAGUUCUUUGACAAUGGCGAGGACUUUGGGGAUGAGUAUGGGGAUGGUGAUGAUGGAGGGGAGGGGACCUACUGA